UCUACCAACAAUCAUCACUCUCUUAAUCCCACACUAGACACCUUUAUAUCACACAGUCACACUUUUUCUUUAUUGUUUCCUCAUUUCCCUUUGAUUCUCUACUUUUCCCUCUCAAUCAUUCCUCUCUCUCUCUCUCACUCACACACACACAGACAAACACGCACAAUUAGCUUUUCAGCUUCCAUCAUCAUACGAUCCAGUUUACGUUUGAAAUUGUGCCGUUGGAGCUUUUGGUGUGCACCGGAGUAAUUUAUUGAUCUUUUUCUGGUUUGUUUUUUGUUUAAUUUCUCAGAGAGGAGUUUACAGUUUUUGGAGAUGAUGGAUAACACAUUAGUUACGCAGUCCGAUUACGAAUUCGAGGAUCUCGAGUCGCGCCGUUUUGACGACGGCUACAGCCAGAGCGCCGACGUCAGCGAGUCCGAGAGCUCCACCUCGAGUGGCGCCACCUUCUCCUCCGACCGCAGGUUGGAGUCAGCCGGCACGGCGUCGUCCCCGUUGGAUAUAGCUUCCAGCUCCGACAGCUUGCCGCCGCCGCCGAUUAUGCUGCCGGUUGUUGGGGGCAGACACGUCGUCUUCCCGGGGGAGAAGCUGGACCGAGAUAUGCCCGAGCCGCCUGAGCUGACCGAAGCUGAAAUGAUGAAAGAACGAUUCGCGAAAUUACUGCUGGGAGAGGACAUGUCCGGUGGAGGCAAGGGAGUAAGUACUGCCCUCGCAAUCUCCAAUGCCAUCACCAAUCUUGCAGCCAGCGUCUUUGGAGACCUCUGGAAGCUUGAGCCGCUCUCCCCACCGAAAAGAUCCAUGUGGCAUCGUGAGAUGGAGUGGCUCCUUUGCGUGAGCGACUCCAUAGUCGAGCUCGUCCCAUCCGUGCAAGACUUCCCAGGCAGCUCGAGCUUCGAGAUCAUGGUGACCCGGCAGAGAUCUGACCUGUACACGAAUCUCCCGGCUCUCAAGAAACUCGACGGGAUGCUGAUGAGCAUCUUGGAAGGGUUUCGACAAUCCGAGUUUUACUAUGUCGACCGAAGCGUAGUCGUUUCCAAUGGGGACAAAGCCGAGGCAUAUCUUCCGCCUUCUCCGUCUUCCGCAGGGUGGCCUUCGGCAGCCCUGGAGGAGAAGUGGUGGUUGCCGUUCCCGAAAGUCCCGGCAAGAGGCUUGUCGGAGAAGACAAGAAAGCAUCUGCGGCAGUGCAGGGAGUGUACGCAGCAGAUUUUCAAGGCGGCCGUGGCCAUCAACAACAGUGUGCUCUCGGAGAUGGAGGUGCCGCAGGUUUACUUAGACAGCUUGCCCAAGAGUGAGAAGGCUUGUUUAGGUGAUGUCCUCCAUCGCUACAUAACCGCUGAUCAGUUCUCCCCUGACUGUCUUCUCGAUUACCUGGACCUGUCGUCCGAAUACAGUACUUUGGAAAUAGCAAAUAGGAUAGAAAGCGCCCUGCAUUUCUGGAGAUCAAAAUAUCAAAAGAAGAAACCAUGUCACUCGAGAUCGGCUUCAUUUUGGGAAACCACUGUGAAGGGCUUGGUUAGCGAUUCUGAAAAGUGUAAACUCUACGCACAUCGAGCAGAAACACUCUUGAAGAACUUAAAGUUGCACUUUCCCGGCCUCCCUCAGACCUCUCUGGACAUGAACAAGAUUCAGUAUAACAAGGAUGUGGGGCAUUCGAUCCUCGAGAGCUAUUCAAGAGUUCUUGAGAGCUUAGCUUUCAACAUAACUGCAAGAAUCGAUGAUCUUCUAUACGUAGAUGACGCAACCAAGCAACGAGCAAUGGCGGAGUCGAUCUCGUCCAUGCUACUCAGCAACCACCAGAUAAGGAGAUCAAUAACGAGCCUUCAUGAUCCGCGCAAUCUAUGUUUUCCUGGCUCGCCAUCAAGCCAGAGCUCAUACUCGUCCACAUCACCAACGGCUUCUCCUUUCCGUUGCUUGGUCCCAGUUAGUCAACGGCCUAAGAGGCUAUGCCGUUCGGUGAGCCAGUCUACUGCCUCUUGUGCCCCACUGGAUGUAGAAUUGGAACAUCUUACAUUGAGAUGAUUUGGGGAAAAAUGAAAUUAUAUUUAGAUAUCCUGUUGAAUUAUUUUAAAUGUAAUCACUGUAGAAGAAAGCUCUGACUAAUGAGUUGCUACUGGUUUAGUUAAGUUUCUAUAAUUAGGCGCUGAGAUAUUAGAGGUCCUGUCUUGAAAUCGUUUGCUAAUCCAAUUAUGGUGAGGUGGUUAUAAGCUUGAGUUCCC